AUGGAAAACUUCAGCAAUGCGUUGAAACACUUAAGGAAGAAACCUUUACCCUGCAACGAACCAGAGCUCAGAAAAGUAGCCUCUCAAUUUGUAACCCCAUUUUACCUUUACGACAAGCAGAAAAUAAUAACAGGAGCAAAGCACUUCAAUGACAGCUUUGCCUGGGUGCAAUCAUUAACUGGAUCGAGUUUUAGGAAUCAUUUUGCAGUGAAGGCAACACCGACCCCUAAAAUUAUGAAAAUGCUUUAUGAGGAUUGUGGAAUGGGAAUGGAUUGCAGCUCACUGACCGAACUCCUCCUCUGUGAAAAACUGGGAAUUAAAGGCGAAGAUAUCAUAUUUACAUCUAAUAACACUCCUUUCAAAGCAUACCGAAAGGCGUUUGACAUGGAGGCCAUUGUCAACUUGGACGACUUUUCCCAAAUCGACAACAUGAAGAAGGCGUUAGCAGGGAAGAUGCCUAAUGUAAUUUCAUUUCGUUACAAUCCUGGUCCAUACCAAAACAUUACACACAACUUAUUUAUUGGAGACCCUGUCGAGUCUAAGUAUGGAAUGACAAAAUCCCAGUUGUUCUCCGCCUACAAGAAAUGCAGAGAAUAUGGUGUAACGCGCUUUGGUCUUCACACGAUGCUGAUGUCAGAUUCUUUAAAUAUUUUGGAUCUAGCCGAAGUUGCUCGUAUGAUGUUUUCAUUAGCGGUGGAAAUCAAGAGGGAGACAGGAAUUGCAGUUGAAUUUGUCGACUUGGGAGGUGGUAUGGGUGUGAAUUAUCGUCCUGAAGAUGAGCCCAUCGAUCUCGGAGAUCUCGGGCAACAGGUGAAACGUCUAUACGAAGAAAUCGUGUUGCCGCACACUGAUCUUCAUCCUUUACAGAUAAAGUACGAAUGCGGAACGCUGGUAACCGUUGACUGUGGCUGGUUGGUUUCACGUGUGAUCAACAUGAAGGACACGUACAAACGUUUCCUGGGCGUGGAUGCUUCCAUGGCUGACUUGAUGGGCCCAAGCGUAUUCGGCAUGUACAACCACAUCACCAUUGUAAAGGAUCAAGCUAUUCCAAACCAUUUGCGAGAAGACCUUCCCGAUUACAAAACAGUGGUAAACAAUCCUUCGUACGCCUGUCCAAAUUACGAGGGUAAUAAGAGGGAGAAGAUGUUCGACGUGGUGGGUUCUCUGUGCAUAAACAUUGACAAGUUUGCCAUCGACCGAGAACUGAACGAGCAUCCAGAGAUUGGUGACUUGUGCAUCAUUCACAGCGCAGGAGCGUACGGCCGCUCAGAGAGUUUCAACUUCAAUGGGAAAUUAAGGCACGCAGAAAUUUUGCGUGUGGCUGAAAAUUGCUUUGAGGUGAUUUGUGAUGCUGAAACGUGCGAGAAUUAUUUUGCAUUGUUGAAAUUUCCUGAAGAAUGUAUUCACUUGUGA